AUGAAGGCUGGUCCGCUGCUUAUCACAUGGCACAACGAAAGCCAGCCUAUCUACUCGGUCCAUUUCGAUCCUCACGGCAAGGGAAGAUUAGCUACCGCCGGAAAUGACAACAAUGUUCGAUUAUGGAGCAUCGAAGCUCAAGGAGAAGAGAGGAAGGUCACAUACCUGUCAACCUUGACCAGGCACACCCAGCCUGUCAAUGUCGUUCGCUUUUGCCCCAAGGGGGAAAUGCUCGCGUCCGCCGGUGAUGACGGAAAUAUACUUCUCUGGGUUCGGUCAGACACCUCGAUGGCGCCCAUGACCGAAGAUACUAUGGACGACAAGGAGACAUGGAGGAUCAAGCACAUGUGCCGGACCAGUAGCGGUGCUGAGAUAUAUGAUUUAGCAUGGUCUCCAGAUGCUCAAUAUUUCAUAACAGGCGGUGUCGAUAAUACAGCGAGGAUAUUCAACGCUCAAACAGGUGGCAUGAUACGACAAAUAGCUGAACACAACCAUUUCGUCCAGGGCGUUGCCUGGGAUCCGCUCAAUGAGUUUGUCGCUACUCAAUCUUCAGACCGCUCAGUGCACAUCUAUGCCCUCAAGCUCAAAGAUGGCACUGCCACAUUGUCCACUCACGGCAAAUUCAACAAGAUGGAUUUGCCCGGCCGCCGAAUCUCUUCAAAUAGCCCUGCUCCAGUCGAAUCUACGCACCGAGCUUCCAACGCCAGCCAGAGCAAUCUGGCCAUUGCCUCACCUGCCCCCUCAAAUCCUGGAACUCCUUUGACAACCCCCCUCCCGAUGGAUCCCCCAUUGAUGGCCAGUAGUCGCCGGUCAUCCUUUGGCUCAUCCCCGUCCUUUCGAAGGUCUGCCUCUCCGGCACCAUCAUUGCCCCUGCCAGCCGUUAGACCGGAGAUUUCGUCUCCAAGUCUAAAUGCUGCCAUGGGGCUGGCAGUGAGAAACACCAAUCUGUACCACAACGAAACUAUGACGUCCUUUUUCAGACGCCUGACCUUCUCGCCCGAUGGAAGUUUGCUCUUCACCCCUGCCGGUCACUACAAAACUGCUUUCCCUACUGCUGCAGAUCCCACCAAAACAACCGAAGAUGUUUCAAACACGGUUUACAUCUACACUCGAGCAGGUUUCAAUAAGCCGCCAGUGGCCCAUCUCCCUGGCCAUAAAAAGCCCUCGGUAGCAGUAAAAUGCUCCCCGGUGUUGUACACAUUGCGAUCAACAACAAAGCCGACCAACCACAUCACGAUAGAUACGUCGUCAGCUAGUGAGGAGAUCCCCCUCCUACCAGAUCCCAUUGUCCCGCAAACUGCAACCACCUUCAUGGAACCUCCUCCUUUGACUUCCACCUCUUCCUCGAUGGACGCAACCUCUGCUCCCUCGCCGAGGACAGUCACCGAUGUGGAGCCCCAAAGCCCGGGACCUCUCCCAGCAUUCGCCCUACCAUACAGGAUUGUGUAUGCGGUAGCAACGCAGGACGCAGUGUUUGUAUAUGACACCCAGCAGACCAUACCCAUUUGCGUGGUUAGCAACCUUCAUUAUGCCACCUUCUCCGAUCUGACCUGGUCGAAUGAUGGGCUCACGCUCUUGAUGUCGUCCACUGAUGGAUACUGCUCCACCCUGUCUUUCACUCCCGGCGAGCUUGGCCAGGUAUAUACUGGCCCUCAUCCAACUUACCAUCACCCCGUUGUAUCCACGUCUAUUGCUCUCCCAACCUCCUCCUCAGGCUCAACGCCCGUCCCUACGCCCACUGCAACUGCCUCUCCUUCUUUGACUAAAGCUUCUCCCGUUAUUGUGCCUCCGUCACACUCAUCGCCAGCUCCAUUCAAUUUCCGCCAAGGCAGUCCUACCCGAUCCAAUUCUCAAUCUUCAAUUGCAACAAUGUCGUCUCUACAAACCAUAAGUCUUCAAAAUAACCCAACUCCAACCAUGGGCCAUGUCCCGCUAGUCACGGCCUCGAAUUCCGGUCCACCGGUCGGACUGCCGACCAUGUCGACUCCGCCGCAGACGCCAGCUAGCACUCACGGUGGGCAUCAUUCUGCCACAAGUUCUGUUAGUGGAAGCGUGCUGGGCAAACGGGAAGUUAGUGCAGCAAGUGAGAGCGAGAAGGAAGACAAUAAGGCCAAGAGGAGACGGAUUGCUCCAACGCUUGUUGGGCCUUCAUGUGCCAGCGAUGUUGCCAAAGAGGAAUAAGAGCCUGAGGCAAACGGUCCUCGGUGGAAGGGACUUGGUACCCCCUUGUGAUUGUUUUGUGUGCAAUUUGGACGACGAUGGUUGUCUCAUGGUUAGUCAGGAGGGAGCAAGGCGUUUGGCAAUACAUCAAAGGAUAAGCAGCGUGAGGCUGUACAACACCGACAGGAAUAUCGGUACCGGAAUAGGUUAGGGCUGCUCAUGCCCAUGGUAUAGACAAUAUGCAACGGUAUUUGCUCGGAUGAUUAGGC